AUGCCCUCGGACCUCUCAUCGUACCUCGCCACACACUACCUGACUGCAGACCCGAAGCCUGCCUCUAAGAAGCGCAAGCGCAACAACAAAGACCCUUCCGCCGGGCUCCUCAUCACCGACGACGACGAGACCGGCUGGUCACGCAGCAAGGACGAGCAAGACGACGACGACGAGAAUGUCUCCGCCACCGUAGCCGGAACGUCCGCCGAGUUCCGCAAGGCCAAGAAGUCCGGCUGGAAGGUACUGGGGGCGCCCAUUCCUAAAGAAUCCGAACGAGCCGGGGCCGCCCCGGGAAACGGCAGAGAUGACGACGCGGCUGCGGACGCGAUCCUAGCCUCGGCCGCCGCCGAGUCGGCCCAGGCGGGCGGUGGCGACGACGACGACCCGGACGGGGGCGGGGCGCCGCUGGUCAUGAUGUCGGACGGGACGCACGCGGGGCUGCAGAGCGCGGCGACGGUGUCGGCGCAGCUGGCGCGGCGCAAGGCGGCCGAGGAGGCCGAGUUCGCCAAGAUGCGGCGGCACGAGAAGGAGGCCGAGACGGUGUACCGCGACGCGACGGGGCGGCGGGUCGACGUCAGCAUGAAGCGGGCCGAGGCGCGGCGGCUGGCCGCCGAGGCCGCCGACAAGGCCGAGCGCGCCCGCGAGGCCCUCAAGGGCGACGUCCAGCUCGACGAGGCCCGCCGCCGCCGCGAGCGCCUCGACGACGCCAAGCUCAUGACCCUCGCCCGCACCGCCGACGACGAGGACAUGAACCGCGAGCUCCGGGCCCAGACGCGCUGGGGCGACACCAUGGCCGACUUCGUCGGGCGCGACAAGGCCGGCGCUGGUGCCGGGGCAGGGGCCGGGGCAGGCAAGAAGAAGAACAUGAAGGGCCGGCCUGUAUACCAGGGCGCUGCGCCGCCGAACAGGUACGGCAUCAAGCCCGGGUAUCGUUGGGAUGGCGUUGAUAGGGGAAACGGGUUUGAGGCCGAGCGAUUCAAGGCCAUCAAUCGGCUCGAGAGAAACAAGGGGCUCGAGUACAACUGGCAGAUGGACGAGUAA